AUGUUUACUAAUAGUAGUAACAACAAUCGUUCCACUACGGGUCCUGGUAGUGGAUACGAGUUUAGUGUUAAUGAUGUAUGUGAUCGAUUAGAAAAAGAAUUUACACAUAUGCAAGGUGAACGAGCACAAUUACGCAUGGAAUGUGAAAAAUUGACUGCAGAAAAAAAUGAAGUACAACGACAAUAUUGCCUUUAUUAUGAAAUGGCAUAUCGUUUAUCCUAUGAAAUGCAUAAACAAUCAGAAAUAACAAAGCGUCUCAUCGCAUUAUUACAUCAAAUCAUUCCUUAUUUAACACCUGAACAGCAAGCACAUGCAUUACCUGCACUUGAAAGAGCUAAACAAGUUUCAAUAAACGAUCUUAACAGUGUGAUUCAACAACAGUUUCAUGCACAAGCAACAGCUGUUGCUCUUGCAGCAACUUCAAAUUCGUCACCAACUGGUUCUGGACUACCACCGAUGCCAGGCGGAAUUCCUGGCUUAUCUGCUGGUCUUGGUACAGCACCUCAUCUUCAAUUACCCGGUCCACCAGGUCUUCCAGGUGCUGGUGCUGGUCUUCCACCAGGCAUGCUUAAUUAUACAUCAGUAUUAAGCAGUUUAGCUUCUCAAUAUGCACCAGGUAUGAAGGAAGAAAGUGUUUCAUCAAUGUCAAAAGAAAAUGCAUCAUCACCACGAGCUAACAAUAGUGAUUUAGCAUUAGGAACUAAAGGUGGUACAAGUAGUAGUCGAUCGUCAACAAAUGGAAAGUCGUCUAAACACCGACCAUCAAGCAAUAGUAGUAAUAUGCCUAAACCAAUGAAACCAUCAACAACAGAAAGUGAUGGUGAACGAAGUGAAUCAGAUUUAGUUAUUGAUACAAGUGUUGGAAAUCCAAAACAUACCAAUGGCAAUAAUAGUUCUGGUAGUGGACUUCUUUUACCAAAUGGUAUCAAAUCAGAAAUUGGUGAUAAUACAACAGGUUCAAUGACAACCAAUGAAACCAUGUCAGGGACACCACCAGUAUCAACAGCUAAUGGUAGUAGUGGCGGAGGAUCAUCAAAAAAUCGGCGUGAUCGAAGUCCAAUGUCUGACAAAGAUAAUUCACAAAGAAAUAGUAUGUCAUCAUCUACUAUCAAAAAAGAACGAAAUACACCACAACCUAAUAAAUCGAUGACACCAACAACAGGAUCAAAUGUUGUAUCGCAAAAUGUUGGUGCUUCUCAAUUACAACCAGGUGGGCCACUAGGUCUACCAUCAGGACUUGCUGGACGUUUACCAACUGGCGCUCCGUUUGGUUUUAAUCCAAGUCCGUUUUCUUCACCUGAAGCAUUAGCAGCUGCUUUUGGUGCUCUUGGUCCACAUCAUGGAAAUCCAUUUGGCCCAUUUGGUCAUCCAUUUGCACCAGCUGAAGUUGCUCAAGCAAUGGCUAUGGCUGCUCAACAUCAACAUGCUCAACAAAUGGCCCAAGCACAAGCAGCUGCUGCUGCUCAAGUAGCAGCUGUUGCAGCAGCACAACGGCAGCAGCAACAUCACCACCAACAGCAACAACAACAACAACAGCAGCAGCAACAACAACAACAACAACAACAACAACAGCAGCAACAACAACAACAACAUGGGUCUAGUAAUCAUCAUCACUUGAUGAAUCAGGCUUAUUCAUUUUUUACUACAACUGAUGGCCAAGGAAAUCCAGUAACGACACCUGUUAAUAUGACGCCUGAAGCACUUACUGGUCCUAAUAUACCAACAUCAGCUCGUGAACUUGCUACAUUAAUGCAUGGUGAAGUUGUAUGUGCAGUUACUAUCAGUGAACAAUCAAAAAGGAUUUACACUGGUGGUAAAGGUUGUGUUAAAGUUUGGGAUCUCAAGCAAACGGGCACUGUUCGAACACCAUUAUCUUAUUUUAAAUGUCUUAAUGAUGAUAGUUAUAUACGUUUUUGUAAAUUACUUGCUGACGAUCGAACACUUGUUGUUGGUGGUGAAGCCAAUGUUAUAUCCAUAUGUGAUCUAUCAGCAGUUACUGGUGGCUCAGCUAGUAAUACUCGUUCAUCGACGCCUAAUUCGAAUGCAUCGUCACCAACGCCAUCUAAUCAACCGCCAUCAUCGACAUCGCCAAGAAUUAAAGGCGAAUUAAAAUUGAAUGCUCCAGCUUGUUAUGCACUUGCUAUUGGCCCAUCAGAUUCAAAACUUUGUUAUUGUUGCUGCUCGGAUGGUUCCAUAGCUAUUUAUGAUAUUCAUAAUCAGUCACUUGUUAAAUCUUUUGUUGGACAUACCGAUGGAACAUCAUGUAUUGAUAUAGCACCUGACGGUCGUACAAUGUGGACAGGUGGAUUAGAUAAUACAGUUCGAUGUUGGGAUCUCCGUAAUGAUUAUGCUCCACUACAAACAUAUGAAUUUGAUUCACAGAUUUUUACAUUGGGGUAUUGUCCGACAGGUGAAUGGCUUGCUGUUGGCAUGGAAUCAUCAACUGUAGAAUUGAUUAAUAUCUCAUCGGCAACGAGCAAUUCAACGAGCCCAUCAAUGAAAAAGAAUCACGAUAAAUAUACGCUUAGUUUACAUGAAAGUUGUGUGUUGGCACUUAAAUUUGCUCAUCAAGGUAAAUGGUUUAUAUCAGCUGGAAAAGAUAAUUAUAUUCAUUGUUGCCGUGCACCAACUGGUAUGCUUCUAUUUCAAUCAAAAGAAUCAUCAAGCGUUCUAUGUUGUGACAUUUCAGCUGACGAUAGAUAUAUUUUGACAGGUUCAGGCGAUAAAAAAGCCACACUUUAUGAAGUCACAUAUUGA